UUAUUAAUUUUGGCAUAGUUAUAUGGUCCCAUGGACGAAGGCGAAAUGAAAAUUCGUGUUGAUGGAUUGUAAAGUUACUAUGGUUACAAAAUAUAGAUAACACAGUUUCCUGUGCAUCAUACAGUCAACUGUGUGCAUUUCAUGUUUGUUUCAUGAUUUGAUAUUCAUUUUCUACUUAACCAUCUAGUUACUUUACACUGCAAUAAGAACAAACACAUCUGAAUGUAUUUCAUUAUUUCAUAUUGUUUUAUAAUUCGUCAUCGUUAGUAAUACAAGGUUUACCAAUCAGUAUGUCGUCUCAGGGAUCUUAUUUUGAAACUACGUAAAGUGUUCGAAACUUUAAAAUAUGAGAGGCAAACCAGAGUGUAGCGUGCAACCACAACGAUAGCAGCAGCGCGUGACGUGUGGUGAGGGGCGCGCGCGGCGGCGGUCCGGGGCUGCGGGAGGUGACAUGAACCGCUACGUGGUGCUGCAGCAGCUGGGCGACGGCACCUACGGCAGCGUGGUGCUGGCGCAGCGCCGCGACUCUGGAGAGAAGGUGGCCAUCAAGCGCAUGAAGCGCAAGUACUACUCGUGGGACGAGGCUAUGAGCCUGCGGGAAGUCAAGUCGCUCAAGAAGCUCAACCACGCCAACAUCGUGAAACUGCGCGAAGUAAUCCGCGAGAACGACACGUUGUACUUCGUGUUCGAGUACAUGCGCGGCAACCUAUACCAGCUGAUCCGCGACGCCGAGCGCCCCUUCCCCGAGCCCGUGCUGCGCAACAUGCUGUAUCAAGUGCUGCAAGGACUGGCGCACAUGCACCGUCACGGUUUCUUCCACCGCGACCUUAAACCGGAAAAUUUGCUGUGCUGCGGGCCCGAGCUCGUCAAGAUCGCGGAUCUGGGGCUGGCGCGCGAGGUGCGCUCGCGGCCGCCGUACACGGAGUACGUGUCCACGCGGUGGUACCGCGCGCCCGAGGUGCUGCUGCGCGACUCACGCUACGGCGCGCCCAUCGACCUGUGGGCGCUCGGCUGCAUCAUGGCCGAGCUGUACACCGCCCGACCGCUCUUCCCCGGCAACUCGGAGAUCGACCAACUACAUCGCAUCGUAGCUAUCUUAGGCACGCCGGACCGUGGAGCGUGGCCGGAAGGCUACGCUCUAGCGGACGCUCUGCGCGUGCGCUUCCCCGCGGCGGGCGCCGUGCCGCUGGCGCGCGUCGUGCCCGCCGCGUCCCCGCCGGCGCUGGCGCUGCUGGCCGCGCUGCUGCAGUACCCGCCGCGCGACCGCCCCACGGCGCCCCAGGCUCUUCGGUUUCCAUACUUUGCAGUGGGAGCUGCGCUCGUUUUGCCGCCACCGAUGUCUCGAGCAAGAAGAAGCAGUACUCGGGCCGAAGUGGAGAAUGCCCCUCCGCCGCAGGCAGCGGUGGCGCCGCCGCCCGGGUGGACGGCCGCGCCGCACGCCGCGCCGGCGCCGCUGCGAGACCACUUCGCCGACAUACUAGGGGGCGAGGUGGUGCACGAGGCGACGGGCGAGGAGCCGCUGCGGCGCGUGUCGGCGCUGCGGGAGGCGCGCGCCGAGCCCCGCUCGCGGUCCGUGCUGGCGGCGCUGCAGCCCGCCGCGCGGCCCGCGCCCGCGGCGCCGGGUGGCGCGGCCGCCGCCUACCUGGGCGCCGCGCGCUACGUGGCCGGCGCGCGCAUCGACACGUCGCUGUUCCAGCCGCUGGCGCUGCGGCCGCAUCGUGAGGCGGCGGCGGUGGGAAGUGGCGCGCCGCGCGUGGACUGGGCGGCCAAGUACCUGCGCUGAGCGGUGGCGCCUCUCCGCCUCCCGACAGGCGGCGAGACCAGACACCGCGCACCGGCUCCGCUAGCUACGAUCAAAAAGGAAUCGAAACAUUAUUGCAACCGUUUGUUUUGUAAAUAUGUGGAUAAUUUAUUUUUAGUAAAGUAGUAUACAAACCGUAAA